AUGGCCACGGCACUCGUACCAUCAACACCUGCGACGCCUUCGCCAACGUCCUUCGCCGACCUAUCAGAAGACGUGCUUCUACACCUGCUUUCCCGUCCAUCCUCCAACCCGAACCGCGAGCUUUCCCCGGAAGACCUCGCGCGGCUCGAGGCGGUCUGUUACGCCCUCCGCCGCCCGCUCCUGCUCCCCCCGAACCGCCGUCACUCCGUCGUAGAAACCGCUGCGCGCACGCGAUGCUUGCGCCACCCGCUGCUGGCGCGCGUGCCGGCAGACCUCCUGCGCGGAAUGGCGGCGCAGCGGCGGGAGCUGGCUGCGCGUGCUGCGCUUCGCAUGGGCGGUGGAGGACGCCUGGGGGCUGCGGCGGGAAGUGGAGAAGGAGGCGCAACGGCGGGAGGCGGAAGAAGAGGCGCUGCGGCGGGAGGCCAGCGCGCGGAACGCCGGCGGACUGGCGUCAGCGAUCAGCCCGCCCCGGUAGCUGCCGCGGAUCAACCUCCCCCGGAUGAACCUGCCCAGGCGAGAGACGGGAACCAGGCGGCAGGCCAAGGGUGGGCGGCUGCCGCCCUUGCUGCUGGCCUGGCGGCGGUCCGACUUGGCGGCGGUGCCGCAGCUGCAGGCUCGGCAGCAACUGGUUCGGCAGUGACGGGCGCGGAGAGGCCCGACGCUCAAGCGCAGCAGCAGGUGCAGCAGCGGCGGGGAGGGACGCGGGGGCGGAGGGGAGCCCUGAGAACGCAAAUCGUGGUGGGGGGAAGCGCGGACGCGGAGGGGAAUGGGGGGAACGGAUGGAAUGGGGGGAAUGCGGCGAAUAGGGAGGAAACUGAGGGCGGCAUGGGGGAGAGGGUGGCGCAAGUGGCGGGAGGGAGGGCCUUCACUGUGAUACUAACGAAGUCCGGGGACGUUUACACAAUGGGGCAGGACACUAACGGGUGCUGUGGGCACGGGCAGGACGGGGUGGGGAAGAAAUUCCCUCAGCCGAAAUUUGUGGAGGCUUUAAGAGGCGUGCCAUGUCAGCAGGUCGCGACAGGGAGGAGCCAUGUUCUCGUGCUAGCUAGGGAUGGGACUGUGUAUGCGUUCGGAGCGGGCGGCAACGGCCGGCUGGGUCUGGGAGAUACGGACGACAGAUGUCAGCCGACGGUCGUGGAGGGGCUGCGACCAGAGGUGCUGGCUGCCAUGCUGGGCGGAUUGACGGGCGGCAGCAAUGGCGAUACGGAUGGCAACAACAGCGAUACGGGCGGCAAGAACAACGAGACGGGUAGCAGCAGCAGUAACAGCAGCGCCAGCAGCAGAAGCAGCAGAAGCAGCAGCAGCAGUGAUCCGUACGGACAGUACCGCAUAGUGAGUGUAGCAGCGGGCGCGAGUCACUCCCUGGCCGUCACUGCUGCCGGUGUGGUCCUGGCGUUUGGGCGCGGGCACAGCGGCCAGCUGGGGGGCGCGCAGGGCUGGGGGACCUGGGCGGGGAGCGUGCAGGCAUGGCUGGUGCAAUCAGGCGUGCGUGUGGUGAAGGUGGCAGCUUCGGUUGACUACUCUGCUGCUCUUGACUGCCUGGGACGGGUGACAUGGCUGGUGCAAUCAAGCGUGUGUGUGGUGAAGGUGGCAGCUUCGGUUGACUACUCUGCUGCUCUUGACUGCCUGGGACGGGAGGUGUGUUCUGCUGCUCCUGACUGCCUGGUGCCGCACCCCAUAGCAUGGCUGGUGCAAUCAAGCGUGUGUGUGGUGAAGGUGGCAGCUUCGGUUGACUACUCUGCUGCUCUUGACUGCCUGGGACGGGUGCACAUGUGGGGGUCGGGCUACUGUGGAUGCUUGGGCAACGGCAGCGAGGCCAAUGAGGUGCUGCCACGUGUCGUUGAGGGAUUGCUGCACACACGAAUAGUGCAGGUGACUCUGGGAAAGCGCAAAACACUAGCUCUGGACGACCAAGGGCGGGUGCUGGCGUUUGGGUGGACGGCGUUUGGAGGGCUGGGAGUGGCGGCAGGGCGAGACAAGGUGUUUUCUCCCAUGCCGGUCGAGGCUCUGGAGGGGAGGCGAGUGGUGCAGGUGAGCAAGGGGGCUGGUUUGGUAGGAUGGUCUGAUAGGUGGAUAACUCUUUGGAAGUGCCUCACAGGCAUGGAUGGGAAGCGAGUGGUGCAGGUGAGCAAGGGGGCUGGUUGGGGCAGAUGGGCGGAUGGGCGGAUGGCACUUUGGAAGUGCCUCAGAGGCGUGGCAGCAGAGCGAUACAAGGUGUUUGCUCUUAGUACAGGGCGAGCCAGUGGAGGCUCUGGAGGGGACGCGAGUGGUGCUGGUUGA